UCUCUCUCUCUCUUUCUCUUUCUCUUAGUAAUUAAUCAAUUCAAAUCUAUGGAAGCAACUCAAACUCCAAGGAAAGGUGAUGAUGGAGACCUGAUUACUGUGCUGAGUAUUGAUGGUGGUGGCAUUCGCGGAAUCAUUCCAGGAGUUUUACUGGGUUUCCUCGAAUCAGAGCUUCAGAAGCGGGAUGGUGCUGAUGCAAGGCUAGCAGAUUACUUUGAUGUGAUUGCAGGAACAAGCACUGGUGGAUUAGUCACUGCAAUGCUUACUGCUCUAGAUGAAAACGGCAGACCCUUGUACGCAGCCAAAGAUAUUAAGGAUUUCUACCUUGAGCAUACCCCAAAAAUCUUCCCACAGAAUAGUGGCUGGAAUUUAAUCUCAUCAUUGAUGAAAUACAGCAGAACUCUGAUGGGACCACAGUACGAUGGCAAGUAUUUACACAAGCUCAUCAGGGAAAAACUAGGGGACACAAAAUUGCAACACACAUUAACCAAUGUCGUUAUCCCCGCAUUUGAUAUCAAACACCUUCAACCCAUCAUCUUUUCCAGCUUCCAGGUGAAGAAGAGGCCAUACUUGAAUGGGUCGUUGUCUGAUAUAUGCAUUUCAACCUCAGCAGCACCAACCUAUCUUCCAGCUCAUUCCUUUGAAACCAAAACCAACCAUGGUAGUUUCAAAUUCGACCUUGUAGAUGGUGGUGUAGCAGCAAAUAAUCCGGCACUGGUGGCCAUGGCAGAAGUGUCUAACAAAAUCCGCAAUGAAGGGUCAUGUGGAAGCUUGAAUGUAAAACCGUUGCAAUACAAAAAGUUUNUGGUGAUAUCGUUGGGAACAGGUUCUCAGCAACAUGAAAUGAAAUACAAUGCUGCUAAGGCAUCUAAAUGGGGCGUUUUAGGCUGGGUUAUCUCCUCCGGUGGCAAUCCUCUGAUNGAUGUCUUCAGUCAUGCAAGUUCUGACAUGGUUGAUUUCCACAUCUCCUCCGUUUUCCAAGCACGCAACGCUGAAGAAAACUACCUCCGAAUCCAGGACGAUACUUUAAAUGGGGACUUAUCUUCGGUGGACGGGGCCACGGAGAAGAAUUUGAAUGGCCUCGUCCAAGUUGCGGAAGCAUUGUUGAAGAAACCAGUUUCAAAGAUUAACUUGAGUACUGGUAUUCAUGAACCUGUUAAGUCUAACGAAACCAACGCAGAAGCCUUGACCAGGUUUGCGAUACGACUGUCUGAACAGAAGAAAUUUCGGAAAUCUCAAACGUUUGUGAAGAAUGGGAAUACUUGA